GGGGAGUGAGCGAGGCGAGCGGGGUCGUGUGCACUAGCAGAGACAAAGCAGUGGCUGAGGUGGCUGUAGCGGCUGCGGGAGUGGCAGCGAAGUAGCCCUAAACGCUGAAUUUUGUGGUGCUGAGUUCUGUCAUCUAAUUCAGUGCGACGCACGGGCGGCUGGUGUCGCGGGGGCGGCGGCGGCGGCGGUAGCGGCGGCGGCGGAGGCGGCGGCAGCACAUGGUUCCAAGAGCGCGCUGCGGUUGUUUGGUUCCAAUUCCGUGGGGAGGGACAAAGGCAGCUGCGCUCGCUGGGCAACGCCCGGUUGGGUGGUGCGUUCGCUACUGCCCUCGAUCCCGGGACUUGAAAGCUGGGACUAACCCCUCACCGUGAGGAGGAGGCCACAGGACUGAGUCCCGGAAAGGGCCUGAGGCUGCUGAGGGAAGUGGGGGGAGGGGCGCGGCCCGUCUGAGGUGAUUUGGACGGGUUAAAUCUGACGCAUUUUUGUGGGUCAGUGAGAGGUAAUUUGACCCACUACCCUGGGGAAAUUGGGGCAGGGCAGCAAGCUAGGUUUGGUCUGGAUUCUGAAAACAGAAAUCCGCCAUCGCCGUCGGCAUCGGCACUUAAAAGAUCUUUAAGUUGGGAGGUGGUGAGGCCGGAACUAACGCCAUAUACACUCCAUCGACAUCAUGGUCGCCAGUCGGGGGUGUAUUUGAGGAUCCUGGGAUCAUUGGUGGUGAAGACAUGGGUGAUUGUCCAUUUUUAUGACAGAAGUUGAUAAAUUUUCGGGUUGGUAAGUUUCUGGAUUGGUAAAUUUCCUGGAAGAACAGAAAAGGGCUCGAAGAAAAUGAAGACAGAGCAAUAAUAAAACCGCCAACUCCGGUACCAUCUACUUCAAAAUCAUCCUCAUUCGACUCAUUGAACUAUCGCAACUUACACUGACGCUCCUUAAGACUACAGAUUCAUGACGUAGUUCUUUUCAAAAUAUUACAUCAUAGUCUCUGAGAAGAUAAAUACUUAAAGGAGAAAUCAAUUAUAGUUUUAGGUAUUUCUGAAUAUAUUUUGGAUAAUACGCAGUAACUUUAAGGAGCACACUUACCAAACUUUUGCUGGAAAGAAUCCUGGAAAAAUCUGUUCCUUUUCCCAGUUACUGGUUAAAGGGCUGAAGCUUACUGCACUCAUGGCUUUCACAAAUUACAGCAGUCUGAAUCGAGCUCAGCUAACCUUUGAAUAUCUACACACAAAUUCAACUACACAUGAAUUUUUGUUUGGUGCUCUUGCAGAACUGGUUGAUAAUGCAAGAGAUGCUGAUGCCACCAGAAUAGAUAUCUAUGCAGAAAGGCGAGAGGAUCUUCGAGGAGGAUUUAUGCUUUGCUUUUUGGAUGAUGGAGCAGGAAUGGAUCCAAGCGAUGCUGCCAGUGUAAUCCAGUUUGGGAAGUCAGCCAAGCGAACACCUGAGUCUACCCAGAUCGGGCAGUAUGGGAAUGGGUUAAAAUCGGGCUCAAUGCGCAUUGGGAAGGAUUUUAUCCUCUUCACCAAGAAGGAAGACACUAUGACCUGCCUCUUCCUGUCUCGUACCUUUCAUGAGGAGGAAGGCAUUGAUGAAGUCAUAGUCCCAUUGCCCACCUGGAAUGCUCGGUCCCGGGAACCUGUCAUAGACAACGUGGAGAAGUUUUCGAUCGAGACAGAGCUCAUCUACAAGUACUCUCCCUUCCGCAGUGAGGAGGAAGUGAUGAGUCAGUUCAUGAAGAUUCCUGGGGACAGUGGAACACUGGUGAUCAUCUUCAAUCUCAAACUCAUGGAUAAUGGAGAGCCAGAGCUAGACAUCAUCUCAAAUCCAAGAGAUAUCCAGAUGGCAGAGACUUCCCCAGAGGGCACGAAGCCAGAGCGGCGCUCAUUCCGCGCCUAUGCCGCGGUGCUCUAUAUUGAUCCCCGGAUGAGGAUCUUCAUCCACGGGCACAAGGUACAGACCAAGAGGCUCUCCUGCUGCCUGUAUAAACCCAGGAUGUACAAGUACACGUCAAGCCGUUUCAAGACCCGUGCGGAGCAGGAGGUGAAGAAAGCUGAGCACGUAGCACGGAUUGCUGAAGAGAAGGCACGGGAGGCGGAGAGCAAAGCUCGGACAUUAGAACUACGCUUAGGUGGAGACCUCACACGGGACUCCAGGGUAAUGUUGCGGCAGGUCCAGAACACAGCCAUUACCCUGCGUAGAGAAGCUGAUGUCAAGAAGCGGAUCAAGGAGGCCAAGCAGCGAGCACUUAAAGAACCUAAGGAACUGAAUUUUGUUUUUGGGGUCAAUAUUGAACACCGGGACCUGGACGGCAUGUUCAUCUAUAACUGUAGCCGCCUGAUCAAGAUGUAUGAGAAAGUGGGCCCACAGCUGGAAGGGGGCAUGGCAUGUGGUGGGGUCGUUGGGGUCGUUGACGUGCCCUACCUGGUCCUGGAGCCUACACACAACAAGCAGGACUUCGCUGAUGCCAAGGAGUACCGACACCUGCUGCGGGCAAUGGGAGAGCACCUGGCACAAUACUGGAAGGACAUCGCCAUUGCCCAGCGGGGAAUCAUCAAGUUCUGGGAUGAGUUUGGCUACCUCUCUGCCAACUGGAACCAGCCCCCAUCCAGUGACCUGCGAUACAAACGCCGGAGAGCUAUGGAAAUCCCAACCACCAUCCAGUGUGAUUUGUGUCUGAAGUGGCGCACCCUCCCAUUUCAGCUGAGUUCUGUGGAAAAAGAUUACCCUGACACCUGGGUUUGCACCAUGAACCCUGAUCCUGAGCAGGACCGAUGUGAGGCUUCUGAACAGAAGCAGAAGGUUCCCCUGGGGACAUUCAGAAAGGAUCUGAAGACACAGGAAGAGAAGCAGAAGCAGCUGACAGAGAAAAUUCGUCAACAGCAGGAGAAGCUGGAGGCCCUGCAGAAAACCACACCUAUCCGCUCCCAAGCCGAUCUGAAGAAAUUGCCGUUGGAAGUGACCACCAGACCAUCUGCUGAGGAACCUGCACGUAGACCUCAGCGUCCUCGGUCACCUCCUUUACCUGCCGUGAUCAAAAAUGCUCCGAGCAGACCCCCUUCCCUGCAAACUCCCAGGCCAUCCCACCAGCCCCGAAAGGCUCCUGUCAUCAGCAGCACCCCAAAGCCUCCUCCCCUGGCAGCCCGGGAGGAGGCCUGUACAUCCAGGCUGCUCCAGCCACCCGAGGCACCCCGAAAACUUGCUAAUGCUCCUGUCAGGACUGCGCCCCGGCCUGCCCCUCUGGUGCAGCCACUGUCACCAUCUCUGCUGCCCAACUCCAAGAGCCCUCGGGAGGUCCCUGCCCCCAGAACCAUCAAGACUCCAGUGGUCAAGAAGCCAGAGCCACCCAGUAAAUUUUCUCCGGCCACUCCUGGUCGGAAGCGGACUCUUGAGGUCUCUGAUGAGGAAGAAACUGAGGAAGAGGCUGAGAGGAGGAAGGAGAGGUCCAAGCGGGGCAAAAUUGCUGUGAAGGAGGAAAAGAAGGACUCGAAUGAGCUCUCAGACAGUGCUGGGGAAGAAGACUCAGCUGACCUCAAGAAGGCUCAGAAAGAUAAAGGGCUGCACGUGGAGGUGCGUGUGAACAGGGAGUGGUACACAGGCCGUGUCACAGCUGUGGAGGUGGGCAAGCAUGUGGUGCGGUGGAAAGUGAAGUUUGACUACGUGCCCACAGACACAACACCGAGGGACCGCUGGGUGGAAAAAGACAGUGAGGACGUGCGGCUGAUGAAGCCCCCUUCCCCGGAGUAUCAGAGCCCCGACACGCAGCAGGACGGUGGGGAGGAGGAGGCCGUGCAGGCCCAGCAGGCCCAGCAGGCCGUGGCUGUGGCAGAGCCUUCCACUUCUGACUGCGUCCGCAUCGAGCCUGAUACCACCGCCCCCAGCACCAGCCACGAGACCAUCGACCUGCUCGUGCAAAUCCUCCGGAAUUGUUUACGGUACUUCCUGCCUCCAAGUUUCCCUAUCUCCAAGAAGGAACUCAGUGCUAUGAAUUCAGAUGAGCUGAUAUCGUUUCCUCUGAAAGAGUACUUCAAGCAGUAUGAAGUGGGGCUCCAGAAUCUAUGUCAUUCCUACCAGAGUCGUGCUGACUCACGGGCCAAGGCCUCCGAGGAGAGCCUGCGCACCUCAGAGAGAAAGCUCCGUGAAACAGAGGAGAAGCUGCAGAAGCUGAGGACCAACAUUGUGGCACUCCUACAAAAGGUGCAGGAGGAAUCUGUGGUUUCAACCCUGGCUGCACAGCAUCCUGACCAGGAGGGCUGGAGGUGGUGCGGCUGCCUGGGCCUCAUCCCAGCCAGACCCACGGACAUAGACAUCAAUACAGAUGACGAGCUGGAUGCCUACAUCGAGGACCUGAUCACCAAGGGGGACUAAGGGGCUGGAGCCAGAGACCAGCUCCCCUGUCCCUCAAGGCAGAACUGGGGGGAGGCAGUUUGCAUUCACGGGUUGGUGGACUUACCUUGGUUUGACUCACAUGGAACAUUUGUGCUGUUGGAGGGAAAGAGACUCUUGAUUCUUUGAAUCUUCCUCCCUAAGUUUAUAAAUAUUUAUUUUUUAAAAGAAACAAGAUGCUGUGCCUGCUGUGAGACUACAUUUUUGUGUGUGUGUGUGUGAGACUCUGGGGCAAAAAGGACAGAGAAUCAGGAUGUCAAGCUUAAGCUGAUUGUCUUGGUUCCUGGCUCCUCAAGAUGUGGAAGUUCAGCGCCAUCUAGAAGUUGGAGAAGCUCUAGGGGCAGGCCUGGUUUCUCUCCUAGAAGAUGAACAAUGUUGGGAUAUGAGAGAUAAGGGAGGGAAAGAGACCCCAGAAUUGUGCUUCCCCUAGGGGCUCUGAUCAAGGGGAUCAUGGGUCAGGAAGAGGCUUGGCACUGAGGGACUGCUUUCUCAGGUCAGGGAUGUGUCAGCCUUAGCAGCUGUCUUCUUGGCUGUGGCUUUGUCCAACCAGCUUGAGGAAGAAAGGUCCGUCAGUCAGCCUUACUCUCCAUCCCCCAAAUUCUCACGGCUGGAGUGAUUUCCUCAGUUAGCCGUGGACAGGGAGGGUUCCUGCCACAGUAGCUUGACUCCAGGUUGAGGAGUAGACAGAUCGCACACUGGUCAGACCACUGAACUGGAUAGCACACCAAAUGUUUGAAUUCCAAAGGACCUUUUAGGAUCCUGGUGCUUAUGUGGGGGUGGCUUCCGUCUGUGGUGUGGCAGGGUCUGAGGGAGCUCGGCUGCCUUGGAUGGUGCCCGCUGAUCUGGAGGGCCAGCUGCUGCUUUUCCUUUUGCUGCUGCUUCCUCUCUGCUUAGCCCCACCUUGUAGUCAAGGACCCUGCUGUGGAACAGACAGAAGGGGGUCACUGAGCCUCCCGGCCCACAGGCGUGGGAGGUGGGCUGCAGGGACUCCAGAGGCAGCUCUGCAGGAAGCACACCAUGCCUUCCAUCCUGUCCAGUCACAACCUCGUAACAGCUGUGUCCCUCAACUUCUCAGGGUCAAAGACAAAGGCAAGAGUUGCUCAGUUUUCUUUUUAAUGGCCAUUGGAAAAAUUCUGAUUGGAUUUCCCUAACUCUUCUCUUUAUUUGGGGACUUUGUAUUUUCCGAAGGUGUAAUAACUAUGGCCUUGUACCACUGGUCUGUGAUUCAAACCCGCAUCUGCCCCCAUCCCCCAGGUCAGCAGUGGCCCACAUGCUGCCUCGUGAAGUCUGCAAAACACUGGGAAGCACUGGUGAGGGAAGCAGGCCACACUGGAUUUGGGAGUCUAUCCUCUUGUGCACAUGGCCAGAAGCACCUACGGCUUUGUGGGUUUUGGGCUUCCCUAAACCACAUCUCUGGGAAAGAGUUGUUUGGGGAAAUAACACUCGAGUCUUCUUUCUCUGGAAGAUUCUCUAAAUAGAAUUGGGGUUCUUCUUGAGCUGGUAAUUCCUCUCCCGUCCAGCUCUCUCCAUCCCAGGCAGCAUGUGGUCCACUUUUGUCCCUAAACCUACUGUUUUAAUCAAAAAGGAAGCUGUUCUGCAUUUUUACCAGAGGGUAAUACUCAAGUAUUUAAUUUACACACCUGUAAUCAAGAUGCAAUACUAUAAACUUUUACUGGUGAGACUUCUGAA